AAGCGCCGGGAACCUUGGUAACACGCGCGGCUGAGUACGCGUGCGGCGUCUGCGGAAGGGAAAGUUUGGCGGAGCCACCUUCGUUGCCGGCAUGAAGAUCGAGGAGGUGAAAAGCACCUCGAAGACUCAGCGCAUCGCCGCGCACAGCCAUGUCAAGGGGCUGGGGCUGGACGAUAGCGGGGCGGCGAAGCCAGCGGCGGCAGGGCUGGUCGGGCAGGAAAAUGCACGGGAGGCUUGUGGUAUUAUUGUGGAAUUGAUCAAAAGCAAGAAGAUGGCUGGCAGAGCUGUAUUACUGGCAGGGCCUCCUGGGACCGGCAAGACUGCUUUGGCUCUAGCUAUUGCUCAAGAGCUGGGUAGUAAGGUUCCCUUUUGCCCUAUGGUUGGAAGUGAAGUAUACUCUACCGAGAUAAAGAAAACAGAAGUCUUGAUGGAAAACUUCAGAAGAGCUAUUGGGUUGAGAAUAAAAGAAACCAAGGAGGUUUAUGAAGGUGAAGUCACAGAAUUAACUCCUUGUGAGACUGAGAACCCUAUGGGAGGGUAUGGCAAAACUAUUAGUCAUGUCAUUAUAGGACUCAAAACUGCAAAAGGAACCAAACAGCUGAAGAGACCCUGUGGUGGAAUUGCAAUCAAAAACACUAGUCUGACAAUAAACAUGAGUUUUUCUGCCUGCCUUUGUAGGGGUACUGAAGAUAUUAUCUCACCUCAUGGAAUACCUCUGGACCUUCUGGAUCGGGUGAUGAUAAUUAGGACCAUGCUAUAUACACCCCAAGAAAUGAAACAGAUCAUCAAGCUUCGUGCCCAGACAGAAGGUAUUAAUAUUAGUGAGGAAGCAUUGAACCAUCUUGGGGAAAUUGGCACCAAAACGACUUUAAGGUAUGCUGUACAGUUACUCACUCCAGCCAAUCUACUAGCGAAGAUAAAUGGGAAAGACAGCAUAGAAAAGGAGCAUGUUGAAGAAAUAAAUGAACUGUUCUAUGAUGCCAAAUCAUCAGCAAAAAUCCUGGCUGAUCAGCAGGAGAAAUACAUGAAGUGAAGCUAUUUGUUCCCCUUUUGUAGUCUUAAGUGUCUCAUUUUUACUCUCUCCAAGUGCUUGAAAGAAAAGCAAGCAAUAGAAAUGUUAAUUUUGAACUGAGAAGUUUGUGAAUACAAAAACACACUUUUGCAGUAGGAUUUAGAAUAACCUGAGUUAUUACUUUGUAUGGAUGGUAAAAUUGAAUGAAAUGUUCCCUCAGUCUGUUGUACUUUUGUGGUUCCUGUGUUCUGUGCCUGUAUGAUGAGGGUGCAGAUUGGCACACCCUCCCAUUCGUCUUUUAAAUAUGAUUGCUAAAUUGCUUAGAUCUGAACAGGAUGACUGUAUUUCUUUAUGGAUUUUGUUUUUAAAACACCUUGGGGGAAAGGAUGGAAAUUAAAAAAAAAGUUUUACUAAAAAGUA